CACCCCUCUCCAUAUGACCGUCUCUCUCUGGCGGAUGAUGUAAUUGUUUUCUAUGAACCUUGCCUUUCUGAAAGCAGUUAUAUUUUCCAUUUCCAAGUAGCAACUACAGCGCAUAGACUCCACGCAUCUCUCCUGUCUCCUGCGGGACGGGUGGCGAGGGAGGGUUGGGAGAGACGGGCGUUGAAGAUCUAGUGAGGGGUCUCAGCGGGAUAUUGCUGCAUUUCGGUGAUUCCCAACGGUGCAGUCAUGUGGCAAAGAAUUGUGAUUUGCUGCGCGCUGCUUGCGCUCUGUUCAGCAGCACCGCCCGCUCACAUCAACCGUCUGGCGCUGUUCCCUGACAAGAGCGCUUGGUGCGAGGCCAAGAACAUCACACAGAUAGUCGGGCACACCGGCUGCCAGCCUCGCUCUAUCCAAAACAGGGCAUGUCUGGGGCAGUGCUUCAGCUACAGCGUCCCCAACACCUUCCCCCAGUCCACUGAGUCUCUGGUGCACUGUGACUCCUGCAUGCCUGCACAGACUCAGUGGGAGGUGGUGACUUUGGACUGCCCGGGCAGUGAUGAUGCUCCUCGUGUGGAUAAGCUGGUGGAGAGGAUCCUCCACUGCAGCUGCCAGUCCUGCAGUAAGGAGGGAGCCCAGGAGGGGGCACUGAUGCAGCUCUACCCAUCAGAGAGUGCCCAAGACCCCCCUAUCCUACCAGAGAGCCACCACAGCGGCACACACUCUCAGCACGCUCACACACACACAGAGCCACACACACACACAUCUGAUGGAGGGUAGGUCGCUGGAUCACCACUGACACUUCCUCUCUCUCCAUUCCUGAUUCUUCUCCCAAACCUCUCCACAAGUUGUUUCUUCUACACACAGUUACAGCACUUGAUGCAUUUCCCUUCUCUUCGAUCCAACCUCUGUUUCUUCAUUCAACAGCUUAAAAGCACUUUGAAAGUAAAACUUCACUUCACAUGAUAACUGCUUAUAAAAGCACAUGCAACCAAGCUCACUCAUGUUGUACUCUUCACAAGACAACCACAGUAUAAGUGAACACAUACAAAGACACGAGCUUAUCUAAACUGUUUUUGUCAUCUGACUUCUCACUUAGGAGGACAACAAUAUAACAAUCCUACACACAUGCACAUAUGCACCCAGGCAUGCACUCUGACGCAACUAUAGACUUUUGAAGCUGUAGUAAAUCUGUCUUGAAAAAAUGUAUAAAAAAAAGCAUAGAGCUACAAAGUUUCUUGCCUUAAUUUUUGUUUAUCACCAAUUUGCAUUAGUAUCUGACCUAAUGCUAUAUGUUCCAAUGAUUGCUUCUCCUAUGAGAAUAAAGCUAUUUUUGUUC